CAUCACUGGAGCGCUGUCAGUGAAGAGACAGUCACAAAGGCGACUGACAACCGACAGCCAUUCGAAAAGAGCCGAACAGAUGCUUCGUUUUCAAUGAUCGUCACACGGUAAAUGUCUUCCAUUCAUUGGUAAUAUUUGCUUGAGAUUUGCACCGUAGAGAAACCAGCGCCACUUUUAGCGCGCGGUUAACAAUGGAAUUAUGACAGCGGUGAUUUCCAGCUGUUCAUUGUUCGCAUGAAAGGUAGAUGCAUAUAAUUUGGCCCGUGCUUACCAACGGUGACUCCAAAAAAGGUGUGAAGAGUGACAAUACAGUUGUCAGACCUUCAGGCUGGUGUUGGUGAUAUCCGAAAGGCUCCUAAUGCGUUAUCUCCCACCUUGUCUCUGUCACCAUGCCUACCUUUCCACCUCUGGGCAGUAACUCCAGCACAGUGCCCUGGGACCCCGGCGCACCUUCUCUGGUGAACAGCAUAGUGAAGAUGGUGCUCAUAUCGGCGAUCGUGUGCACGUCGCUUUUUGGAAACAUUGUGGUGCUGCUGGUAUUCCAGCGCAAACCGCAACUUCUCCACGUUGCCAACCGUUUCGUGCUUAACCUGCUCCUGGCCGACCUACUGCAGACGGUGCUGGUCAUGCCCUUCGCCAUCGCCGCCACCGUGCCUGAGGUCUGGCCGCUGGACGCCCGACUCUGCCAAGCCCUUGUGGUGCUCAUGCACCUGUUUGCAUUCGCUGGCGUCAACACCAUCAUUGUGGUAUCCGUAGAUCGCUAUUUGGCCAUCAUCCACCCGCUGUCCUACCCCACACGAAUGACACCUCACCUGGGUACCAACCUGAUCGCUCUCACAUGGCUUCUUAGUGUACUUCAGAGCACUCCGCCGCUUUAUGGAUGGGGAACCAUCGAAUUUGACCGGCGCCACAAAGCCUGCACUGUUGUGUGGUCCUCAAGCUACUCGUAUUCAGCCCUGGUGUCUGCACUUUCGUUCUGGCUGCCUGUGGUGAUCAUGCUUUGCUGUUAUUGGAUGGUAUUCAGGGCGGCGAGGCGGCAGAACGCCCUCGUUCACCCCAUCCAAUCCAACCCCCCUCCAGAUUCCCAAGCAUCCUGUUCCAGCCCCCAAAGGCAUUCCCAAGCGGAAGGCCCCUUUUCAGCCUCUUAUCCCAUCAGAACCCGCCAUAGACGCUUCCAUUACCACUGUAAGGCGGCGCGGGUGGUGUUCGUCAUCAUGGCGUCCUACGUGUUCAGCAUGGGCCCGUACAGCGUACUAAGCACGAUAUCUAUUUACUCUAGUGCAGCGGUGCCGCCCUGGUUGGCCUCGAUGGCGCUCAUUCUCUUCUUCCUGCAGUGCUGCUUACACCCCUACAUCUAUGGCUACAUGCACCGCAGCGUACGCAAGGAGUUCCUGGCGCUGCUCUGCGGGCCGCUGUGUGGGCAGGGCCAGAUCAGUCAGGGCUCCGCCGUGGACAGUUGCUUCACGGUGACGGAUGGACGCAUGGCACACACCCAUCGCUCAAGCCAGGCUGCCCGAGUGUGUCCUCUCCGAACCUGGGAGGAAGGCACCACAUCUUCUUCCCCUACAGAGAGGAGGUCCAAAGACAGCCGUAAGGAAACCACCUCCAUCAGUCUGAGCUCAGAGAAGGAGCUCACUGUACACAGCAACACCAACAAACAACCUGAGGAAACACCUACAGGCAAAUUCUGAACAUAUCUGGGGUAUAUACAUCUCUUUUGGUUUCCAUUUAGGGCACAAUUUGGUACUUUUGAAUCAAAUACUGUGCCUUUAAACACAAGCUCACUGAAUACACUGU